AUGCUAGGACGUCGCCUCCAAAAAGCUGCAUCGAAGCCUUUUGACAAUCUCAGUGCUUCGAGCCGUCUUACUCAGUUCUGUAGACUGGGAUCGUCAAUUUUAAUCAUUGUGUUCACAAUGGUAGUGACAGUUGGAGCAUUAACGCUUCCGGAUAGACUAUUCAUGGGCCAGAUGAAAACCUCAUCAAUUGACAUUGCCAAUGGCCUGUUCCAGUUCCUUCAAUCGUCCGUGGAAUCGUCUACGGCCAACUACAUUAGCAAUGGAGUUGGACUCACAACUUCUGAGAUUUUAAUUCUGACAGAUUACACGGCAAUGCAGUCUAAAGCAGCACCUCAAUAUGUGGUUUCCUCCGUUUACGGCUGGUGCCGUGUUGAAAACAGAACUACGAUCACCACAGGCCCCAGAGCUCACAAUUAUACAACCUGCAUACGAGAAGGCUCGGAUUACAUUUUCGACUACCGAAGCUUGAUGAAAGACGUGGGUCUCGAGGUGAUUCUGGAUUAUGCUUACGGGUCUCCCGAUGGCAGCACUUACGAAACAAGUCCAUCGUACACACAUUAUAUGAAUACCAGGAGAAAUACAAAGGAAAGAAUGGUGGUUUUGCUGUAUUUCGUGGCAGUUUGUCAGGCAGUUGUUCUAGUCCUCACACUGUGGUAUUACUCAAUUAAAGGACGAAACCUCAACCAAUUUAGAGAGUUCAUGCUCGAGCAUACAAUUUCGGUGCUCUCACUGGUAGUAUGCAUAUGCGCAUUGGUGAGCGCAAUAUCCUUGUUGUCACUGAACAUGCAGCUGCGAUCAAAGGUAAACAGUGAGCUUGGUGUAAUGGGGAUUUCAUACCACCUGGGACGGGAAUGGUUUGCUGCGCUUUGGCUGGCGGCCAUCUUUUCUUGCGUAUCUUGCGCUAAUUGGUCUGGUUUAGUGUGGUGCAUCACCAAUAAUAACGUGGAGCGAGAAGAAUCCUACGAGCUGGGUAUACUUGCAUCAGCCGGCGAAAGCGUGCAUGACCGCUCUUUGGAGCAAGCAAACGCAGAGGUCGAUAGGCUCGAGAAACCAUUUUUUCCAAGAGGAGACCUUUCUCAGGCAGGAAUCUUGGAAAACAAUUCGAUGGAGUCCUUGAAUCUACUGGCCACAACCGAAACAGAGCACUCCAGCAUCGUACGACAAAAACCGGUCGUGCCGACAUCUGCAUUUAGCUUAUGA